CUCUCCUCCCAUCCUGGAGGACAGAGCGAUGCGGAGACAAUAGGACGCAGAGCGCAGAGGAGGCUGCAGGAUGCUCGGAGCCACAACCGCCGACACCACAUCCUGCUUCUCACGGGACGCCGAACCCACGCGCGUCCCUCGCCACACCUGGCCCUAGUAUGUAAGCGCUCGGACCGUCUGUGUUUAGCGGCUGCCUGCGCGGACAGGGCGGACUCCACAGCCUCCAUGGGCACCGAGUGAACGUUCCAACAGCUCUCAGCCGAAACGUCCGUACCCCAGUUUUCUCCCCCCCGAAACAGCGACCCAUCAUGAGUUCCUCUCCGCUGGUGUCCCGUGCCAACAUGGACAUCCUGGACGAGCUGCAGCUGAUCGCGGCUCAGAACCUGGAACGACUGGAGGUCAACAAGUACUACGAGGUGAUCCGGGAGCUGGGCAAAGGCACCUAUGGGAAGGUGGACCUGGUGAUCCACAAGAUCAGAGGGACAAAAAUGGCUCUGAAGUUCCUGAAGAAGAAGACGACCAAGCUGAAGUCCUUCCUGCGGGAGUACAGCAUCUCCCUCUACCUGUCUCCCUGUCCGUUCAUCAUCAACAUGUUCGGCAUCGCCUUCGAGACCGACGAGUACUACGUGUUUGCGCAGGAGUACGCUUUGGCCGGAGACCUCUUCGAUAUCAUUCCUCCACAGGUGGGUCUUCCCGAAGCCGUGGCCAAGCGCUGCGUGCACCAAGUGGCCAUCGCCCUCGACUACCUGCACUGUAAGAAGCUGGUGCACCGGGACAUCAAACCGGAAAACAUCCUCAUUUUCGACCGAGAGUGCCGCAAGGUCAAGCUGUCGGACUUCGGCAUGACCCGCCGGGCCGGCUCCCCCGUUGAAAAGGUGAGCGGCACCAUCCCCUACACGGCGCCGGAGCUGUGCGACGUGUCCCGCCACGAGGGCUUCUGCGUGGACUACAGCACCGACGUGUGGGCCUUCGGCGUGCUGCUCUUCUGCAUGCUCACCGGCAACUUCCCCUGGGAGAAGGCGCUGCCGUCCGACUCCUUCUACCAGGAGUUCAUCCGCUGGCAGAGGCGGCGGACCAACGCCGUGCCGUCGCAGUGGCGCCGCUUCACCGAGCAGGCGCUGCGCAUGUUCCGCCGGCUGCUCUCCGUGGAGCAGGACCGCCGCUGCUCCGUCAAGGAGGUGUUCGGCUACUUCAGCCACUCCUGGAUGCUGGACGCCGAGAACAACAACAACAACGGCAACAGCAACGCGGGGAGCGCCGGCGGGGGGGAGAGGGCCGGCGGGGAGGGGGGAGGGGGAGGAGGCGGGGCGCACGGGGAGGCGGACGGCACCAGCUCCUCGUCUUCCUCCGGGGAAGAGGACGAGGAGCUCCUGGUGGAGAGGAUGAAGCAGCAGACUCUGUCACCUCUCUCUCCGCUGUCGCCCUUGUCUCCGGUGACGGCGGAGAGGGGGAACGGCGGCGGCAACGGCAAAGGCGGCACGAUGGAGCCGGGCGGCAGCCACCACUUCGUGUCCGUCUCCACCAACAGCUCCGUGUAGUCCACCAACAGCUAUGACACGGGUGCCGCGGGAGAGAACAGCUCGCCGGGAGCCGCAUGCUUGGUGGCGACGCCCAUCGAGAUCUGCGUCUGAGCGCGCGCCGCCUCUUUUAUUACCUCUGAGCGAAGCAUCGACGCGCAUGCAUGGAGUAAAAACACGCCAAACUGAGACACAUCUGUUUUCAAAAUCUGGAGAAGGGAAGCGCACACGCACGGAGAGCGUAACAGGAAGUACCUGCAGACGGCACAUUAUGACCCCAUUUAAUCAACGAUGCGUUCACCACGCUGUGGGAAAAUAAGAGAUUCGCUUCCAUUAGAAAUCCUGUGACUAAAACCAUCCGAAAAGACGACCAAAAUGUGUUUCUUAAAGCAAUAGUAAAAGCAAAAACGGCCACGGCGACCACAGACGCGUGACCUCUCCCAGACGAAGCCAAGGGGACCGAGGAUUUGUAUUUUCUAGGCGGAGGUUCACCUGGCAAGGAAACAAAAGAACAGCGGCGGUGGUUUGAAAUGUUCCACGUGUAACUAAAAUGUGAAAGCGUGAGUGAGUGCUCCGUGCGGUACAUGUGUGUAUGAAUCCAAAAACGGUAGAUUUAUUUGCUUUGAAUCCUAAAGCGACACUCUAUUUUUUACUAUUGGUUUUGUAAGGUUGGUUUACUAUGUUUGCACUUUUGGGGUUUUGUUGUAGUUCUGCUGAAUUUACAACAUCUUUCUUUAGCUUCUGUACAUAUUAGUGUGUAUAUUGGUUUUCAGAACCAAUUGUUUCCCCCCACUAUUAAAAA